AUGCACACGGGCGCGCAGUCGCUGUACACGCUCAAUGGCACGUCUAGGACUAGAGUACAUCCCUCGCGAUUGAACUGCCGUUCCCACACGGUUACUGUUCUUCGGGCGACGUCGAACGGUGUAUAUGUUGUGGACCAGCAAGGCAAAGGACCAUCACCUAUUGUGGUCGAAAGAUUUCAGAGCGUCGCGAGUCAACUCAUGUCACAGCGCAUUGUACGGCUUGGAGGCGCUGUGGAUGACGACGGCUGUAACUUAAUCGUCGCACAAUUACUCUGGCUAGAUGCUGCUGAUCCUGACAAGGACAUAACCCUUUACAUCAAUUCUCCUGGAGGUUCUGUUACAGCUGGUAUGGCUGUGUUCGAUACUAUGCGACACAUUCGUCCAAACGUGUCCACAGUUUGUGUGGGACUCGCGGCGUCUAUGGGUGCUUUUCUGCUUGCUUCUGGAGAAGCGGGCAAACGGUACAGUUUGCCGAACAGUAGAAUCAUGAUUCACCAACCUCUUGGUGGUGCUCAAGGUCAGGCUGCGGACAUUGAAAUACAGGCGAAUGAAAUUAUGCACCACAAGUCAACGCUGAAUGGCUACCUGGCAGAGUUCACCAAAAAACCACUGCAGACGGUUAUGGAAGAUACGGAUCGUGACUUUUUCAUGUCAGCACAGGAGGCUUUGGAAUAUGGCCUGAUAGACUCCAUCAUUGAGCAUCCAGCUGAUAUUGCUGUUCGAGCUUCAGGGAUCCCAAUGUAUGCAUCUGGGAUCUAA